GAUUGGUUCGGUGCGGCAAGCGUCCUGCAAAUAAACGAGCAAAGCGGUCGGACUAUUGACCAAAGUCGGGGAAGAUUAUCGGUGAUCAGAGGCGGGGAUAUCCUAUGAAAGCGGGUUAGCCCAAAAGCAACACCCAUAUGGUCUCGAAGAAGAAAAGGUUAGCUCGACCAAGAACUGCCGCAAGUAGCUACAGUGAGAAUAUCCUGGUCUCAGCACGUCAUGGCUGUGCACCACCUGGAGCCGCUAGAGGGAACAUGCGCAGUAGAGGAGCCGCGUGGAAGAGACGACGACCGGCUACCUAGCGCCCCGGACCAAAAGAGAGUGGAGGCAACCUUCGGAUGAGACUAAUUGUCUCACCAACACCAUCGCAAAGAAGCAGCCAGUCUGACGGAGAAAGAUGACGAUUCCUGCAAAUCCCGCAACGGCCUUCAAGGUAGCAGUGUCCGACGAAGCCCUUGACCGGUUGGCACGGAGGCUCGAAGAUACACACCUACCUACGGAAGACAUUGUUCCGGAUGCCGGGUGGGAGUAUGGUACGAAUCUGACCAAGCUCCGACAACUCGUCGAUGAUUGGCGCAGGGGCGAUCCGGAGGGUGGCGAGGGUAAGCCGACGAGCUUGAAGGGAAAUGGCGUCAAGGACUGGUGGAAGCACGUCGAGGGAAGAAUGAAUCGGCACCCGCACUUCUUGACUACAAUCGAGGGAGUAAAGGUCCAUUUCCAGCUGGCACGGUCGAAAGAUCCCAACGCGAUCCCGCUCAUCUUCAGCCAUGGGUGGCCCGGUUCCUUCUUCGAGGCAGACCUCAUCCUUGAUGAGCUGACGCGCACGGACCGCCCUGGCCCGUCUUUCCAUGUCGUGGUGCCCUCGCUCCCUGGCUAUGGCUUCUCGGGCCCACCUCCUCGCAAGGGCUGGCAGCUCAAGGAUACAGCGCGCCUAUUCAACAGCCUCAUGGUCGACGUGCUUCAGAGCCCUGCGUACAUGGCCCAAGGGGGUGACUGGGGCUACGUCGUCACGCGUCACCUGGCCCUCUACUCGGGCUGCAAGAUCUACCACACCAACUUUGCACCCCCCAACAUCCCUCCGUACGCAAAACCACUUGUAACCCUCGAGAAAGCCGGAUGGAAGGGCAUCGUACCCAAGGCCAUGAGCUACCUGUUUUACGAUCAAUUCGAAAUCCACGGAGUGCAAAGGGGCCUCGAGUACCUUACAACUGGAUCGGGUUACUUCGAGAUACAGUCGACAAAGCCUGCCACGGUGGGGUACGGACUGCACGACAGUCCUGUAGCGGUGCUAAGCUAUCUGCUGGAAAAAUUCCAGCUCUGGAGCGACCCUCGUAGCCCGGCGUUCUGCAAGCCGACUGACAAGGCAAACAACCUCAGUGGCAUCACUGACGAGAACAUCCUCAUCAACACGACACUCUACUAUCUCAGUAGCACGAUCCAUACGUCAUUCCUGCCCUACUACGAAUCGACAGACUCCGUCCUGUCGCUGGGAAAGGACCACAAGUUGACAGCUCCCUCCGCUCACAAGCCUUACGGACUCUCUGCUUUCCCGUACGAGCUGGCCGCAAGCCCUAGGUCAUGGCUUCCCAGACUCAAUGUCAACGUAUGCCAAUACAAGCGGCAUGAUUACGGCGGCCACUUUGCAGCCUUAGAUAACCCCCAAGCGCUGUCGGCCGACGUACGAGAGUUCGCAGCCAAUCACUGGCCCUCAUCUUGAGCCGAUGGUGUCCAGACAACAGAAAGUGGAUAAAAGUUGCCGUAGCCCUGGCCUAUAUUAUUACACGAGGAGCAAUUUUGACACUGGUUGGAUAUGUGCGCAUCAUGUAUGCGUUGAUUGUUGUUGUUGCUGCUCUUCCCUUGCCUUUCUCUUUUGGCGAAUCUCGCCGACGCCAUUGGGUCUCGUCUGCCCCUUCUCCCGAUGACAGCACGUCGCA